UUUGACAACAAAUGUAGCAGACGACUGUUGUGAAUGGCAAGAUCUUUGUUAUACCUGGAAAACAUGAAGCGAAGUUUAAGUCUGAAGCAUGUAAUAUAUAGUUGUAGAAACCUUUGUUCUAAAAAGAUCAAGGAAAUGAAACCAACGGCAGGGAUUGUGAUAAUUGGAGAUGAAGUCUUGAAGGGCCAAACGUUGGAUACAAACUCACAUUUUAUAGCAAAAAAGCUGUUUGAUAUUGGAGUAAAGGUGAAAAAGAUUUUGGUUGUUGGAGAUGAUAUAGAUGCAGUAGCAAAUGAAAUAAAGGCACUAUCUGGUGAGUUUACAUAUGUUAUAACAACGGGAGGCAUUGGACCAACACAUGACGAUAUUACAUUUGAAGCAAUUGCAAAAGCAUUUAAUGAAACAACCUAUCCACAUCCAAAGUUAAUUGACAUUUGCAAAAAAUUUUUCAAAACAAGUGAUGAAACAGCUCCUGGAAUGAAGUUAGCGCAUGUACCUAAGUCAGCAAAGCUGAAUUUUGGCUUUGAUGAGUUACGUGGACGUCACACACUCUAUCCUUGUGUGUCUGUGAACAAUGUCUACAUUUUCCCAGGCGUACCAGAACUGUUGGAGAGGCAGUUUACAACUCUUUACAAGGAUCUGUUUGGUAGUAAAAACAAACAUGCACAUGUGAAAGAACUCUACCUGUCAGCAAAUGAGGUUGCUGUGACAGAGAAACUUAAUCAAGUUGUGAAAUUAUUUCCAAUGGUAUCUUUCGGCUCAUAUCCAAAAUUUUAUCACAGCUAUUACAGUUUACUAAUUACUGUGGAAUCUGACAUAGAAAAGGAUGCUGAGGAGGCUUACAAUAUGCUGAAGUCAUUAUUGGGAGAAGGUAUUAUAGUACCCUAUGACAAGUGCCCACUGGAUGAAACAUAUAGAAAAAUAGAACAAGCAGUGGCCCGUGGAGACAUGGCAACAGUGCGAGAAGCAUUCCGUUAUGUAGCAUCGUUAUGUCAAAAGUACAAGCCAGAAGAAGUGUGUCUUUACCUUGAUGGAAGCAAAGCAGCAACUGCACUUCUCCAUAUGCUGUAUGCUUGUAUGAAGGAAGCUCAUUUUGCUGCAAGAGUUGAAGCUAUUUAUGCAGAAGGUGACAAGUCCAAUGUGGAAGUGAUGAAAUUUAUUAGGGAAUCAGCAAAGAGGUAUGAUGCCAACUUUCAAGUUCUUAAUGGAGAUUUUAACAUGGCCAUGAAAUCACACAUAUCAAAACAUAAAGGACUGAAAAUUCUAGUUGUUGGUUAUUCUAUUGAAGAUGACAUGCAGUACCCAAGGGCAUCAUUUGAAAGUCUACAUGGAAUUGACAUAUCUGCUCCAUUACGAUCAUGUACAUCAUCAGAAAUAUGGAGCAUUAUCCGAUCAUUGUACAUACCAUACUGUGGACUUUAUGACAGAGGGUAUCCCACCAUUAGAAGCAUGAUGGAAGAAGUUCAUAUUACAUCCCAGGAACCUGAAAGAAGUCAUGAUGAUGGCAAGAAUAUUCAUCAGUACAAACCUACGAAAACAUCUUUGGAACCAUGAGUUCCACAAAAAUGAACUGUUAGCACUUUACAAAUUGAGUAUUAGGCUUAUGUAACAAAAAUUGUAUAUAUUUCUUCCAUACCAUUUAUUGUUUGAUGUGUUGACUUUUGUUUCUAAAUAAUAAAUAGAUUUUACAUAAGUUGUCCAUUAAUAAGGAAAAUCUUAUCUUUUCUGGACAUAAUGCUGACAAAAAAUGGGGCAAUAAUAUAUUUCUGUUACUUAAUAUGAAAAAAAGGGUCAGCCAAAUUUUAUACGUGGGCAGAAAUGUAUAUAUAAAAAAAAAAAAGUAACAGCUGUUGUGGUGUGUAAUGUUAGUAUCUUCAGUUUGUUGCUUCAUGUGUAUUUUGUACAGGAUUAUGUCAGAUUUGGAUGGACUCAAUGAACAAUUGUUUUCUAUUUCAGUAGAUGCUAUACCACAGCUAUUAACUCUCUGAGGAGCAUCUUGGAAAUUCUAAAAUAAGUCAAGUACAAAUCGACUACAUAAAAUGUGGUUCUAAUGAUAGUUUUUCUCUGACAAUUUUUGAUUGUAACUGAUGUAAAUAUAACCAAAGAACAAAGCCAUUUUAACAAAGAUAAAUACAUGGUACUUUUUCUUCUGCAGCAAAAAUACUCAAACUGGCACUGUUCCAUGGGACUGUUAAUGUGUUUUCAAAAUAAGUAGACAUGAACUUUUCAGUCAGAGAAAAUAAUGAAAAACAGUAUGAACUCCAAUGAUACAGGAUGAUUUAAGAAUAGACCAGAUGAAAGAUAAUUUUCUUCUGUUACACUACUAAAUUAAGGGUGUCACGUGAGAACUAUUUUCUGUUCCUUAUAGAAUAAAUCGAAGGUACUUAUUUUACUGUAGUGAAGGUGUUGUUGAUACUGUGAUGCCAAAUCCUGACCUCUGCAUUCUAAAAUAAAAUUAUUCAUGUUAUUUUAAAAUUAUUCAUCAUUUUUACCUAUUGUGGCAUUCAAAUAACUAGAACGUUUAGCAAUACAAACUUAUUUUACAUGUUCAAAUGACUUAAGAUGCAUUAUCUGUGUAACUUUGUAAGUUCUGUAAUACAUUUUUGCAUAUUACUCCA